CCCCCUCCCCCCUCCCUCUCGAUCUCAUGCACACACACUCGAUGAUGUACUGAUGUGGUACACUCCACAUGCCCUACACACACUCAGCAUUGUGCUCUGAUCUCCAUGCGACUGGACAGACCUACGUAAGAUGUGUGGUGUGGAUGUGGAUCUAGACGAUGAAGGUGUGCAGGAUGAGUGUGAGGUGGAGGAAGUUACCCACGAUGCAAUGCAUUUGUUGGCCCCGCCUCCAGCAGAGUGUAACGGGACGGUGUGGGGGUCACGGCGGGGUUACGGUGUGUGUGUGCUGUGUGGCCUGCUGCUGGUGCUGUGGAAUGCAGGAGUGGGCGUGGCCUGUGUGACACUGCUGUUUGUCGUGUUCAUGCUGGUGUUAACACCGCCAAUACUUCUACUGUACACUGGCUUCCUAUGCCACACACGGGUCCUGGCUUCCCCCUCCCCUCUUUGCAGUUACCUUGACGACAACAGUUGCUCUGCCCUUAUCAUCUUAGGAUUCGUGAUGGUGUCACCGUUAGUCAUGGUUGCUGCAGCAACAUUCUGCAGCCUGCUCAGAAGAUUCCACAUCCUUCAGCUAUUUCAGCCAAUCAGCACAGCUCAAUAUAGGGGGCGGGGCUUCAGCUGGAGGCAGGAUGUCCAUGCUUGGGUUUGAUUGGCAGGUUCUGUGAUUCACGACUUUAUUGUUAAUUCCUCUGAGAAGCCUGAAUUUUAAACCAUAAAUGAAUUAAACACAAACUAGUGUGCAUAUAGACAGUCGCUAACUUUUAGAGGCAAUGCGGCCAAUCACAAUAUAGAAUAUAGAAUAUCACAAUGCGGCCAAAAACUAAAUCUGCACCGUGUUUCUUUACCACAGAUACAGUGAGAGAUAUGAGACAUAUACAGUGAGACUGAGUGUGUUUGCAGGUAAAGUGGACGUUGUUAUGUAAAUUAAGAGGACUUUUUUUUAUUUAAGUUUGCAAACUUUGCUCUUGUUAGAUCACACUAGCAGCCAAAUCUCCACACUGAUUGUGCAGACACACUGCAGUUUGUGUCACACACUCAGCUUUAGGCCAACUGUGUUCUCAGAUCAGAUGAGCAGAGUCAGCUAACUGUGCUAGCAACGUUCAUUCACCACAGACCCCAGAGACCUCUGUUAUGUCCCUCCAAGCUAAAGAUCACUUCAGAAGUAUCUGUACACAUGCAGUGGGGGCAGCGGUAUACAGGAGACCUUACUUUCACAGAAGAUCGCUUAUUAGAGUGUGUGUGUGUGUGUGUGUGUGUGUGUGUGUGUGUGUGUGUGUGUGUGUGUGUGUGUGUGUUGAUCUAAAGUAAAUGCUAGUCUUUUCAAGGUAUUGAAGUGAUACUGGAAUUUGUUUAUUCUGUUGGUCACUGUUGAGAGUAGAGCUGAGUGUUGUGAUGUCAUCGCUCUGCUCGUCUGUGUUCACUGCACAACACCACUGCUACAAUCUGUCUGUCUGUCUGUCUGUCUGUCUGUCUGUGUCUGUGAAUUACAUGGCAACACAUAACGCUCUCUUUAUGUUCUUUAAGAUUUAUGGCACACUCUUCCUCUUCUUCUUCUUCUUCUUCUUUCUCUUCUUCUUCUUUCUCUUCUUCUUCCUCUUCUUCUUCUUCCUCUUCUUCCUCUUCGUCACGUUUGCUCUGUGCUGAGGUCAGGGUGAUGGUGUUUUCACUCUCACAGGGUUUUGGCCAGGAUUACAGAGCAAUGCUGUUUCAGAUGUCAGUGUAAAAACAUCCCCACAGAGUUUACAUUCUAACUGCAGCUGAUGAUGUCAUGAUGGGCGUCACAGCAGUUUGACCAAUAAGCAGCUUAAUCUCGAUAUAACUUGGAUACAUGAAUGUAAUUCUUAUAAUACCUGUAUAAUGUGGAGUAAAGAUGAAAUAAAUUGUGUAUCUUUGUGAAUUAUAA